AUUUGUCAUUAAUGUCAUAACAAUUUUAAUGGGAUCAUUCGGCAGUAAAAUUUCACGAUCAACGAAAAUGGCUAACUCUACAGAAAUAAUACAAUUUAUUAAAUAUACUAUUUCCCAAGAUAAAGUGGUUGUGUUCUCAAAAACAUAUUGCCCAUACUGUCACCUAGCUAAAGAAGUUUUUGGAAAAGUUAAGCAACCGAUUAAAGUAAUCGAAUUAGACGAGCGUGAUGAUGGACCAGCCAUUCAAGAAAAUCUAGCGCAAAUAUCUGGAAUCAGGACCGUCCCACAAGUGUUUAUCAAUGGUACCUGUGUUGGAGGUGGAUCAGAUGUCAAGCAGUUGUAUGAUUCUGGAAAACUCCAACCCAUGCUUAUUGGAUAAUUCUAGAAAAUACUAUAUUAUAAUGAGUUUACAAAAUUAUAGUACAUACUACAUACCUACAUAACGUCACAAUAAAAAAUGUUAUAAUGUAAUUAAAUUUAUGCAAAGAUAAUUUUAUAAAUCUAUAGUUUGUGUUGUGCUUACUUUAAAUUUUCUUUACCGUGCUUCCAUAAUAUUCUUUUAUCCAUUCAAAAUGGUGUUAAUUUUAAAAAAUACAAGUACAUUAUUUAUUUCUUCUUGUAAAAUUUUAUUUUGAGCUUUUUGAAAUAAAAAUUGUUUAUUUAUGUA